AUGGCAACAUCAAAAAAUACAACUUCUACAAGUUCAACGGAACAACAAGUCAAGAAAACUCCGACAGCUCUUCCACCAGACACCACCAACCUUAACCCCCAAGACCCCAGCGACCGUGUAGAUAGUACUGCGACGACGACCACAGCGACAAAGAGAAAAAGUCAACUACACCAAACUGGGGUUGCUGACCAAGACCAGAACUUUUCUAACACUGUAAUCCCAGGAGCGCGAGCGUCUGCGUCAAUGCAGCAGCAGCUUCCGUCUCCUGGAGGCAAAAAUGAUCUUCAAAAUGAUGUAGUGCGAUUCUCUCAGCAGCAGCAAGACCAGCAAGAACUCACUUACGAACAGCAAACGCGAAAAUCUCAGCAGCAGCAGCAGCAGCAGCAGCAGCAAAACCAACAAAACCAUAACCAACAAAACAGUCCAGCGACGGAGCAUUUCGCCGUUGAUUUCUCCACCACCGCAAGCCAAAUUCUCGCCUCCGCGCAACCCGGUGUGGCAGUAGGGCAUCAUGAUCAUUAUCAGGAACAAGUACUACAACUAUCCACACCAACCUCCACUUCGCAACCCCAAUCCGAAACCCCGCGGACAAAGGAGAAGAAGGAGAAGAAGAAGAAAAAAGAAAAGGAAGAGAAAAACUCGCUCUUCCCCUACGAUUCGCCAGUUUUACCGGAGUCGGGGAGCAAGGGCAACAAAAAAGUCUACGAUGCCGUCGCCGGGAUCUACAGCAGUCAAGACGUCGACAACUCUUCUGCAGCCGGGAUCCAAGCAACCCUGAAAGGGAAAAUUCAGCAUCAGCGGUCGAAUAUCCCGGAGGAAAUCCCCAUCCAGAUCGACGCGGAGGCUUUGGAGAAAAAAUUCACGACAGCGGAUGCUUAUGGCUACAACAAACUGGAUCCCGCGACCUACCACAACCCGAUGAGCAGCAUGAGUUACAAGGAACGGCUAUCGCGAGGAAAAACGUCCUCGCAUCAGAGUCAAGAUGGGGAAUCUGCUAGACAAAUCGGCCAGCUUUGGUUGUUUGGCAUGACAAGUUUGUCCGCGUAGUGUAAUCCUGUUUAGCUACUUAAGAAUCAUAACAGAUCUAGCAUAGCAUGCUGAUUUUAGCAUCACAAACGUCAAAACGCGAAUAGAAAAUGCUUCGCAUAGGUCUCCGCAUGAGGCACAUUUUUACCAUGCAGAUCUGCAUGACAACUAUGGGGUGGGGACGUUUUUCCUUUUGAUAACGGCUAGCGAACGCGCAGAAGGACUCCAUGCGCCAGCUUGCCGGUUUGUUUCAGUCCGAUGAGGUAUCAACUGCAAAAGUGUCUGGGUCUGGAAGGAUGCGAACUUGUGAUGCGUGUCGCGGAUCAUACAAAAAUCUGUGUUGCAUGACUUGCAAGUGGUCCCCAUUUAUUCUGGCCAUUUCUGAGAGGGCUUUUCUCAUGCAGAAUAGGCAUCACCAAGGGCGGGCUGCAGAACCUGUGACGCCAGGCCCUGCAUUCCAGACUUGGCGGAGCUUGGGAAAACUGCAUGACAAGUCUCGGAAUUAUCUUCCAGACCCAGACGUAUUUGUAGUUGAUAUGAGGCGAAGCGGGCGCGGGAGAUUUCCGAGGAGAGAAGGAAAAAUCAGGACGUGGAGGAGAUUAUGCCAUUGCAAAAGUAUCGCACUCGUAUAAAUGCAAGUCUUGCAUUACAAAUCUUGUUCCCAAAGCAAAUCAGCAUGACAAAUUCCAUUUAUCGUGCUGAUCAAAUUUGUAAUGCAAUUUAUACUAGUUGUGCGUUGCUUUUGCCAUGCAUACAGGUGAUUACUUCGAAAAAGACCGAGAAGAAGAAGAAAAAGGACAAAAAGAUCCGGUUAAUGGUAUUGAAAGGAAAGAGUCCCCCUCCCCAUAUUGAAAAGGUAUGUUUUCGAAAAUUUGUGUUGCUGAUUUGAGGUCACAGAUCGCAUUUGUCUUGCAAGAAGACAAGGGCAGAAGCUUCCGCCCCAUUAUGGAAGCGAUUUGUCAUGCUGUUGGGCCUAAGGGGGAGCCAUUUGCCAUGCUGAACAACCAGACCCAGACGCCCCUACCCAGGCUGGGGAUCUGGCCGCAGUGCCGUCCUGCAAAGCAAAGCGCAUUCGUAUACACAAAUCCAGCAUCAGAAAUUUCGUUGUGAUAUGGGGAGGGGGGGUUUUUCCUUUCGAUAAGUGGGUUACGGAACGAACGGGGAACUACUGUCCCCGGAGGAGAAUGAUGUCCGGGCUUUGCGACAACUGGACAAGAUGCUAUCCCCUGCAAAAGUAUCGUGCUCGUAUUGCAAUCCUGCAUUACAAAUCUUGUUUUUCAGGUAAAUCAGCAUUACAAAUUUUAUUUCUCAUGCUGAGGAAAUUUGUAAUGCAUUUAUACGAGUGCGAUACUUUUGCAGUUCAUAAAUGCUGCGCUACGACUAUUCGGAAUUGUAA